AUGGUGCACACCAAGGUUGUUAUCAUCGGCUCCGGCCCUGCCGCACACACUGCUGCCGUCUACCUCUCGCGAGCGGAAUUGAAGCCCGUCCUCUAUGAAGGUAUGCUGGCCAACGGCACCGCAGCCGGCGGUCAGCUCACCACUACCACCGACAUCGAGAACUUCCCCGGCUUCCCCGAUGGCAUUGGCGGCACUGAACUGAUGGAGGCCAUGCGCAAGCAGUCCAUCCGCUUCGGCACUGAAGUCAUUACAGAGACCAUCUCCAAGCUGGACCUGUCGCAGAAGCCCUUCAAGCUCUGGACCGAAUACAACGACGGCCCUGACAAUGAGCCUGCCCACACCGCCGACGCAGUCAUCAUUGCCACCGGUGCCAACGCCCGCCGCCUUAACCUCCCCGGGGAGGAGAAGUUCUGGCAAAAUGGUAUUUCCGCCUGCGCUGUCUGCGACGGUGCCGUGCCCAUCUUCCGCAACAAGCCGCUCUUCGUCAUUGGUGGUGGUGACUCUGCCGCCGAGGAGGCCAUGUUCCUCGCCAAGUACGGCAGCCACGUGACUGUCCUCGUCCGUCGCGACAAGCUACGUGCCUCCAAGGCCAUGGCCAACCGUCUCCUCGCGCACCCCAAGGUCACCGUUCGCUUCAACUCUGUUGCCACCGAGGUGCUGGGUGAUGCCAAGCCCAUGGGUCUCAUGACCCACCUCCGCGUCCAGGACACCAUCUCCGGUCAGGAGGAAGUCGUCGAUGCCAACGGUCUGUUCUACGCUGUUGGCCACGACCCCGCCAACGCCCUGGUCAAGGAACAGGUCGACCUCGAUGAAGAUGGCUACAUCAUCACCCAGGCUGGUACCAGCUAUACCAGCCGCGAGGGUGUCUUUGCCUGCGGUGACGUCCAGGACAAACGGUAUAGACAGGCCAUUACCAGUGCCGGAUCCGGCUGCAUCGCUGCUCUCGAGGCCGAAAAGUUCAUCGCCGAAGCUGAAUCCGAGUCUCCCUCUCAGGCCGAGACCCAGGCCACCACCAAGGCCGAGGGAUCGACCAUCCAGCCCGCUGCCCAGGAGGUCCCCGGCACCGAGCGCCGGAAAGAUCCCCAGGGUGGUGCCGCUGAGUACCAGCAGAACCCUCUUCUCUAA